CGAGCAGAAGGGGACGAAGUUGCGAAACUCCCGAGUAGGAGGGAGCUACUCUGCAAGCCUGCUGAGCGAGGAAGAAACAAAACGCUGAAAUAAACUUAUAAAUAAUAAUAAAAAAACCGAAACUGAAGCAAAUCUUCAACGCCAAUCCUCCAAAAUCUACAUGUACUGGAAUACUUUUUUGUAACGUUGCUACUAUUUUCUCUGUGAAGAAAGUAUUUUUACUUUUUUUCUAUUUGCACUAAUUAACGGUACUUCAUAACUACUGAGAAUUUUUAUUUUUUCAAAAACAAGAAAAAAGUGUAUGUCACACCCUGUGGAAGGACGCCACUUUUACAAAACCAGCACUUUUUGAUUUCACCCCGAGUCCCUGCUGCUUUCGACGCCCAGUCUGUGUUGCCAAACACGGAUCAACAAAGCAGACCCAGUGGACGCGUUCAAGGUCACACACAGCUAAUCUCCACGCACCUGGAUCACUUCAGCAGUUCGCUAUGCAGCUUGAAAUCCAAGUAGCUCUCAACUUCAUCAUCUCGUACCUGUACAACAAACUGCCGAGGCGGCGGGUGAACAUUUUUGGCGAGGAGCUGGAGCGGCAGCUGAAGCAGAAAUAUGAAGGACACUGGUACCCGGACAAGCCAUACAAGGGCUCAGGAUUCAGAUGCAUCCACGUGGGGGAGAAGGUGGACCCUGUAGUGGAGAAAGCAGCCAAAGAGAGUGGGCUGGAAAUUGAAGACGUUCGCAAUAACCUGCCCCAGGACCUCAGCGUGUGGAUUGACCCAUACGAAGUGUCCUACCAGAUUGGCGAGAAGGGGCCGGUCAAAGUGUUGUUCGUCGACGACAGCAGCGAAAGUGGAGCUGCUAACGUAGGGCUGGAUUUGGACAAAGAGAUCAAGAACAGCUUCAAUCCUGAUGCGCAGGUCUUCAUGCCCAUCAGCGAGCCUGUGAACGGCGUGUCUCCGGGUUCCAGCUCUCCGUCUCCCCCUUUUGGCCACUCUGCGGCGGUCAGCCCCACCUUCAUGCCCCGCUCCACUCAGCCUUUAACCUUUACUACCGCCACCUUCGCAGCCACCAAGUUCGGCUCCACUAAGAUGAAGAGCAGUGGACGCAGCAGCAGCAGCAACAACAACAACAACGGCGGCAGCAGCGCUGGGAACAAAGUGGCGCGUAGCUCUCCCACCAACCUGGGCCUGAGUGUGAACAGUCUUCUCAAGCAGAAAGCCAUCUCCACCUCCAUGCACUCGCUGUACGGACUGGGGCUCGGAGUGCAGCCGCCGCCGCAGCACCAGAAACCCUCAGCCCUGUCCCCCAACGCCAAGGAGUUCGUGUUCCCCAGCCUGCAGGGCCAAGGCAGCCAGAGUGCUCUGUUUCCUGGGGACAGCCCACUCAGCCUCGCCUCACUGCAGUACAGCAAUGCCUUUGAUGUGUUUGCGGCCUACGGUGGCCUUAACGACAAGUCCCUCAUGGAUGGCUUGAAUUUCAGCUUAAGCAACAUGCAGUAUUCUAACCAGCAAUUCCAGCCAGUUAUGGCCAACUAGUACACGUACAAGGUACUACUUAAGCUACUACUUCAUACAGAAACGACCAGACGUAAAGUGAUGGUGGAAACAAAUGCACAUUUUCAAAAACAACAAAAAAAAGUGUAAACAUAAACAGAAUGUCAAAGAUAAAAGGAAAACAGUGACUUGUAACCUGUAAGAUCCCCGUUUCAAGUCUAAGAGCACGAGCCCGAGGGUGAAAUAUGACGCCCCCUUGAGUUAAACUUGUUUCUUCUGCUGUUUUUUUAUUAUUUUAUUUUCAUAUUUUUUUCUUAAAUAUUGAAGCUUGUAGUACAACUUGUCCAAGCUUGGUUACCUAAACUUCAAAAUUCAUUAUUUGUUUUGACAACCAAGCACAAAAUAUUUUUUUUACGCAACUGUUUUAAGAUACAAAAAAAUGGUAAAAAAAAAAAUAAAAAAAUAAACACCACCGCAAGUCAUGGCCUCUUUCAGUAUUUAAAUAUAACUGGACAUUGCCAGUUUUUCAAGAAAUUGGCUUGAAUAAGUGGAAUUUCCUGGUCUUUUUCUAAUUGUAUAAUUUAAUUUAGUACAGAGUUUGUAAAAUAUCAGAGUAUCUAUUGUUUCUACUACAUGGUAUUGCAUUUAUAUCUUUUUACUACUCCAGUGAUCUGUGAUGGCUGCAGCGACUUUGUUUUCUUUUUUUAUUAAAAUUAUAAAAUGAAUCCAUCUUUAAGAAGAAUACAUCAACUAUCCUAAAGAUUGUGUACAGAAUAUUCCGUAGUGGUGGGAUUUAAGAAUAUUUGCUUCUUUUUUUUGAGAAAAAUAAAAAUGAGUUGUAUUUUCUGUUAAGAGUUGAAAGAUUUUUGCUAUAAUAUGGACAAAAAUGUAAUCGUAUAUUAAUUUUGUACCUACAUUGUGCAAUACUUGAUAAAACAAACGGUAUAACAAAGUAUUCUGAGUCAGUGUCUUACAUGUUAAGAGGGACUGAUUAGUUUAUUAAGUUUGUAUUAAAAACGCUUGAAAAUAA